CCGAAUCAAAGCCGAAAUUUUUUCGUUUUUAAAUUUUUUUUCAUUAGAUCUUAUAACUUGACUAAACGAAUGCAUAGCUAGGCAAUGGCGAGUAUACAGAGGUUGUGCCAGGUGGUACGGAGCACCGGUGGAGCCACUGGGAAGCGGUUUUUGGCGUCUUCUUCGUUCAGUAUAAAUGAGACUAGCGUAGCUGAAGAAGAUAUUGCAUCCAAUGAAAUACCUAGUCAAGUUAGACCAAAUAAGGUAAAUAAUGUUCUUAAUAAUACAGCAUCCAAGCAGUUUCUUGAUUCGAUUUCGUCGGAUCAUAUCACGUUUGCCUAUAUACCGAGUCCAGAACUUGGAUCCCAAGAACAGGUCAAGAACGAGAUUAGAAAAUUAUUGAAUACUCAACAGUAUGAAUCUUUACUAAAUAUCCUUUUAAAAUUAACUUCUAAGCAUAAGGAGGAUGUUGGCUCAUGGCAGAAGAUACUAAGUUCUCGAGAUUUUGCAUAUUACGUUCGUUGUAUAAUUGAAAAACAGAUUAAGCUGAUUCGUCAAGUGGCCGAAUAUAGAUUAGCUGAAAGAAAAGGAUAUUUAGUUGAGUCUAAAUUGAAAGAGUCCAAAGUAUUGAGAGAUGGUAUAAGACAAUUAUAUGCUAAUUUGUUAUAUCCAGAAUCCAAUGAACAUCUUUAUUCAAAAAAUAAUCGAACAAAAAAUUUCCAAUUACAAUUUUUAAAUGAAUCAUUAUUCAAACCAAGUGUUUUUGAUUAUGAAAAUUUAAUAAUGCUUGAAUUAUAUAACGCCAAAUUGGACUUGGCGUCUAAAUGGAUAUUGAGGUUUGAAGAACAAUAUCCCAGGGGAGAAUAUUUGAAGCAUAUGACGUUAACCUUAUGGAAUUUAAAACUAAAAGUAUACUGUGGAGGAAGUUCAUUCUUGUGGAAAAUACCCGAUAAUGAAAUUAGUUUCAAUAAGAAGAAUUCAAGACAGUCGACUUUUUUCUCUGAAAAAAAUUGGAUUUUAGUUUUCAAUGAUUUUUUGAAAAGUCAAAAAUUAUUCGGUAAUGGUAACGGGAUCUUAAAUAAUGAAUUUAAUGAAACUUUGAUUUACUCAAUUGGACAUUCGGGUAACAUUGAUUAUUUAACAAAGUAUAUUGAGAAUGUCUGGGGGAUUGAUUCAAAUGGUAACUUAAUACCUAAUUUCAAAUUACCUAAUUCAAACGAUUCAAUCUAUCCAAAUAUCAAUAUUUUAAAAGCCAUAGUUACUUCAUUGUCUUAUAAUAAUGAAUUUUUCAAAUCAAUGGUUUAUGUAAACAAGUUUCAGGAAAUUUAUAAAUUAGAUCUAAGUGGAUUAAAAGCUAAAAAUUUGUGGGAAAAUAUCUUUAAAUGGUCAGAGUUAAAUACUAGAUUUGACAAAGAAAGAGCAUUGACCCAUUUCAUUAAACAAAAUUCAAAUUCAAUCUUAGCUUCUUCUAAGAAAAAUUUCAUCACUUUAAAAGAAGCACAACAAUCGGUUGAUUUCAACUACGAGGGCUAUCUCAACUAUAUCAAUGAUUUACAAUCUAAAAGAAAUAAUACCUUAUCCCAAUUAUGGAAUCUUUAUACGGAAACUCAAAGAUUUUUCUCUCCGGAACCUUAUAAGAUUUACUUUGAACAUUUGAAUUCUUUGGAUGAUGUCACUGAUGAAUAUUUCAACUUGCUUACCAUCCUCAUGAAGCAUUAUCAUCAAUAUAAUGUUUCUGCUCGUUCUUUCAAUAAAGUUCAUUUAAAUGUUAAUGAUACCGAUAAAACUAUCUACGGCUUAUAUGAACGUGUCAUUCAAAAACUAAUUGACUUGAAAGGAUUUGCCGGCUACACCGGUCAGAUCCAACUCAUCAUUGAUAAUUGGAGUUUAAACGACGAAAUGCUGCUCAACUUGAAUAAAUGGAUUUCAUCCCAAUUCCCAAUUUAUCAAGACCAUUUGAAUACAAAAAGAUUGGAAAUAAUGGCUCAACAAAGAUCCGAAAAAGAAGACGAUGAUGACGAACUCUUGGGUAUCAUGUCUUAACCUUACGACCUACAUAGAUAACGAUUUAUCCCAUUAAACGAUUGCAACAACCUUAUAGUGUAGAAUUAGCAGCUAAUACUAAGUCGUGUGCGCGUGGCCAAACCCACCGAAACCAAAAGAACGCCAACUCGAAAAAAAAAAAAGCGAACACCUCAUAAUUGGAAAAGAUAACC